AUGGGAGCACCACAACCCUCGUCUCAAAUCCGUAGCCGUUUUGGCUUGAGCCAGUUUGACUCGAGAUCCUCAAAAAGGCCCUUCGCCAACACCGCGGGCCCAAGCCCCAUGACCUCCAGGAUCCUCCUGCCUUGCCUGCUCCUCGGCCUCGCGGAGGCCACCGCCUUCCCCUCGUGCGAGGCGACGACGACGGGAGCCUCUCCAGAAGAAACGACGGCAGAGCCGGCGCCGGACAUCCCCCUGGAGCUCCAAGUUCACGGCCAGAGCGGCAAGUUCACUCUCGUGCCGAAGGGCUCGUCGGGGGCCUCUGUGGGCCUCGGCGUGACGAUGGACGCGUUGAGGGAGGUGGACGCAGAUGGAAACGAAGUGGGUACGUCUGGGGCUGUGAAGCAUUCGAUCAACACUUUUGCAAGCCAGGACUUCACGGUUGGCGAUAUGGAGACCGUCCGCAUCGGCUCUGGAGUAUCUGCCGCCAAGGUGUCGUUUGAUUCAACCAUCUCGGAGAUCGGACGAAUCGGCGUCGACACCUACGUCAUGGCCCAGUCGCGAACGGUGGGGAUGUCCAACGAGUCGUGGGACGUCAACAUCGGAGACUUGAAGUGGAAUAUCCGCCUCUGGGACUGGACCUGGUGCGUCGGCUCCAGCUGUAAGCAGGGCGAGAUCGAGCAGGUCGGCGCGUUCGUCGAGCUCGACAUUACGGUGCAGAAUCUGGGGGUGGGAGCGCCAACCAGGGCAGCGGGAAGUCCGUGUCUCUGGGCAGCAGCGCGUCGCUCGAGCUGUCGACCCAGGUGCAGAAAAACUGCGCGUGGGAGCAGCUGCGGGCCGAUUUCCCGUCCAUCAGUGCCCAGGGCAGCCAGGCCACAAUCACCUUUCGCUUCCCGCGCUUCGAGACCUCCUGCCUGUACGAUCCCGUUCUGUCUGGCCCAGCGGAAGAGAUGGGUGUCGACACUAGUGAUGACGUGGCUGGCCCGGCCCCGUCGGCCACAUUCGGCGCCGCUGCGCUCUGCUCCUCGAGAGCGGUGGCGGUUUGGGGCUAGAGUCGCCAGAGAAGAGUCCUCCAACAUUUCACGCCGAAUGCCCCUAAGCCUUCCAGCCUCGGGCAUAAUUUGUUGGGUAGUCUGA